CGCACAAGCAAAAAUUUAAACGAAAAUCUGGGGGGAAACUGUUAGCAAACGCAAAAGGCCGGGUCGAAAUCCCAAGGACUAAAAUGCAGUCCGGUGGCCAAAAUUAAGCGGAACGCACACCCAAAAAAAAAAAAAUCUUUUCGGCCAUUUCUGAAAAUUUGGAAAGUUAUCAGCCCAAGGCUUCUUCAAGUCGUUGGACAACACUAAGGCUUUGGCGGCGCGAGGCCUGCAAUGCGUGAAAUAGUGACAUUACAAAUCGGAGGCGCUGGUAAUGCCAUUGGAGAUGCGUUCUGGCAUGUCAUCUCGCAUGAGCAUGGUGUUGAUUAUGCUUCUGGGCGCUUCGGUGGCACGAGCCCGUUGCAGCUGGAGCGCAUCAAUGUAUUUUUCAAUGCUACCGCCAGCAAGAGGUUUUAUGCCCGCACCAUUAUUAUUGAUACGGAGGCGGCAACCAUACAGAGGCUAAAUGUGAGCAGCCAGCUCUAUAGACCCGAAAACUUCGUAGCCGGCUCGGAGAGUGCGGGGAACAAUUUUGCGCGCGGCUAUCAUACGGAUGGCGCCGAAAUUCUCGAUCAGGUUUUGGACAAUACGCGAAGGGAGGUCGAGUCUGUGGAUUCCCUUCAAGGCUUUCAGCUAUUACACUCUAUUGGCGGUGGUACGGGAUCGGGACUCACGUCGUUAAUCAUGGAGGCACUUGUUGAACAGUAUCCAGACAAUUUACUUUGCAAUUAUGUAACCAUACCUUCGCCCAAUAUGUCGCAAGUUGUAGUGGAGCCCUAUAAUGCACUGCUCAGUAUUCCGGCCCUCGUGAACAAUUCCCAUUUGACCUUCUGCCUGGACAACGAGGCGCUAUUCCAGAUAUGCAAUCGCAAUCUCAAGAUCAGAAUGUCCGGCUAUGAGCAUAUCAAUCACAUUGUAGCUUUGACCAUGUCUGGAAUUACGACUUGCUUGCGUUUUCCGGGUCAAUUAAAUGCGGGUCUGCGUAAGAUCUAUGUAAAUAUGGUUCCCUUUCCGCGUCUACAUUUUCUCAUACCUGGUUUCGCGCCCCUGGUCACGUGCAAACAGCAACAGUUCAGCAAGGGAACUGUCUCCGAGCUAGUCCAGCAGAUAUUUUCGUCAAAUAAUUUGCUCUGUGCCAUUGACCUUCGCAAGGGCAAGUUGUUAACCGCUGCCGGCAUCUUCCGCGGGCGAAUGUCUCCACGCGAAGUCGACCAACUGAUGACGGGCGUGCGCAACAAGAACUUGCACAAUUUCGUCGACUGGAUCCCAAACAACAUCAAGACCGCCAUUUGUGAUAUCCCACCCCGGGGACUUAAGAUGUCUGCGACCUUCAUUGGAAAUACGACGGCGAUUCAGUCCCUGUUUCAGCGUUUGCUCGACGGGUCCACAAUUAUGUUGCGGCGCAAGGCCCAUUUACACUGGUACACCGGUGAGGGCAUGGAGGAGCAGGAGUUCAUAGAUGCCCAACAGGAGCUGCAGGCGAUCAUCGAUGACUAUCGUAGCAGUGGUGGCGAUACCUCUGAGGGCGGCGAAAAUGAUGCGGACAGCGGUGACGAUGCUGCCGCCACUAGUUCCGGAGCACAGUGCCAAUACUGUGGUGGUGAUUGAAACCAACCGGUGGGCUCUGAAUUCCCUUUGUCUAGGCUGCUGUUGCAAAUAAAGCGUUGUCUUAAGCACUUGAA